GCAGUCGUUCCGGUCGCUCCUUUUCUUUCAGCGGCCAUCGCAUUCGCUGGCGUUGGGAAUGUUAUGGCGUAACGUGCCUUCUUGAGGGAGAAGAAAUUUUCGGAAAAGGUGAAUGCAACGGGAUUCAUAACAGCAUUGUGUUGGACAGCCGACUAUCUACGGGCCAGUGUGCGAUAUUUUUUUAAUAAAAAAUAACGAGCUUCAAUUUAUUUGGAUCAAAUUGCUGUGAAUCGUUCGUCUUGAAUCAUUUUAAUCAUGGAUGAACCUGACUAUCCUACAUUGGAUAUGGGUGACUUUGAAGUUUUGGAUGAGUGUGUCGGGGAGGAUGAGGAUGAGGUCAUUUCGUAUGAUGGCAAUGAAGAGGAACAUAUUAAUGAAGACCUUGAAGACUAUGAAAGGGAAAAACAAGAUACUGGUGGUAAUGAGGAUUUUUCACAUGCAGAUGAGAAUAGCGGAGACAAUGCUGACAAUAUCUUAGACGUCUCCAUUGACUUUGAAGAGAAUGAGUUUUUAGAGAGUGUAGCCAAAGAUUUUUCUGAAAAUAUUGAAGAAGAAGAAGAGCGUCCAAGAGUUCCUCAAUUCAGUAAUAAAAGACGAGAACCUACUGUUCAACUCAAGAAGUUGGACAUUUCUUUAACUAAAAAAUUUCUAUCCCAACCAGAAGAAAUUCCGGUUCCAAGAAAGAAACCAGGACCCAAAUCCAAAACUAUGAAUAUUACAACACCUCCAGUUAAAAAACCUAUUCAGAGAAUAACUUUUUCUGAUAAGUCAGAAAAAGAUGAUAAUACCGAAAAUGAAGCAAAUUCUAAAAACGAAUCUCAGAAAAUUCCAGUGAAAUCUCCUCAAAAAAAUACCAGUGUCCCUUCAAAAAAGAAUGAUUCUAAUAUGCUGCCUCAAAAGAAUUCUAAUCCAGCCCCUCAGAAGAACUCUGGUGCAAUGAAUCAGAAAAAAACCGAACAAAAUAAACCAAAUGUUACACCAAAAAAAUCAGUAUUUCUAAAAGCUGAUUUGACAGAUGAAGAAAUUAUGAUGCACUUUGAUGAGAUUGAAAACACAGUUUUAACAUCUGACACUUUUGUUAUUCAAGAAGAAGUUGAUCAAGCAGGAAAGAAUGAGAAGAGUACUGAGGAUUACAGCAGCCAACUUAAUAAGACUGACAGAGAAGAAAUCCAAGAUGAAAAGAAAAAUGAUAAUGAAGAAGAAGAUUGGGAUAAAGAUAUUGUUCCUACUAAAAUGAAAACUCAACUUAAAAUAGAACAAGAAGAGUUCAAGGAAAGUGAACUAUGGUACAAGGACAAAUUGAAAGAGAAGCAAGAAAAUUUAGAAAUUAAAUUUUCAAGACUGGCUGGUUUGAUCAAUUACUCAUACCCAUGCUACAAAAAAUGGUUAGAUAGGAAUGACGUAUUAUAUGGAACAGCUAUAUGUAAAAUUGAACCACAUAGACAUAUUCCUUUAGAUCAAUUACAUCAUAAUCGAUGGAAAUUUGUAUGCAACAAAAAACAAAAUCAACAAGCAACAAGGGAGCAAGAAGAGAAUGCAGAUGAUAUUCCAAAAAGUAAAAACAUACAGUGGGGUUGGAGUGUGGUUCCUGGUGUUCCAGAUGCAAAAUUAGAAGAUACUGAAGAAUAUCCACCUUUUAUAAUGCGUGUUGUAAAGUUAUUCGGAGAAUUCCUGAACUCAUUGGAAGCUGAAAAUGAAAAUGCAAAAGAGUCUCACGAUGAAAAAGCCACACCAGAAGAAAACAAUCAACACACAAAACUUGAAACAUCUCAAGAGGUUCAGGAAUCCAAAGAAAAUGAAAAGAAAAAGAUAUGUAUUCCCCCUGAUGGAUUCGUAAUUUUAAUCCGAUGUAAUCGCUCUGAAGAUAUAAUGAUGAAUAUUACUGGUAAAAACAUUAGUGACGAUUUUAAAGAUAGAGUCACGGACUACUUUCUGAAUGGUUCUGGAAAAGAUGCUAAUAUUAAGUCUUUUUAUUGCAAAUCAAUUAUAAAAGAAAAUAACGUCAUUUCAACUGACAGCGUUCUUCUAUUUGGAUCAGAAACUCUCUGUGAUACUGUAGGUUCUAUCAAAAUUGAUCUGCCACCAAAAGCUAACAUGUGGGCUAAUUUAGCUGGAGUAGAAGUUUUGUCAAAUACAAUUAUAGAAUUUUUGCUUCCUACACAAAAUACUACUGUAUUGGAAAUAGGAUGCGGUUCAGGAAUAAUGAGCUUAUUACUUGCAUCGAAAUGUCAGAAAGUUAUAGGAGUGGAUAUAGAAAAAGAAGUAUCAGAAGCUCAAACAUUAUGUAAUUUGAAUGGGAUUACAAAUGUAGCUUUCUUGACUGGCAAAAUUGAAAUUUUCUUAAAGGAGAUUGCCAGGUGUCUUGAAGAUGCUAAAGCUGUAGCAGUAAUUAACACAAACAGUGUAUUUGGCAAAUCACCAAAAGUUAUCAAAGGGUUACGAAAGAUUACUACUUUAGGCCGCAUAGUUCUGAUUACCAAUUUAACAAAACUAGCCAAUCGAAUAGUUUUGGAACUUGUACAGCCGGCUAACGAUACCUAUGGAAAUCCAUUUAUCCCUAUUAAAGGUUGUAUUGUUGAUACAACACCAAAACACUUUGCAUUUGAUAUUGUAAUGUCAAUGGAACGCAGAACAAUGGCAAAUCUAUUGAAAAUACCAGCACAAAAAGGUACAAUAAAUCCUGUCGGGCUUAUUAGUAAAUCGAAACAAGAAGCUCUUAAAAAGAACUCUGAAAACGUUAAAAUACCACCUUUCCAAAAAGGUCUGCCUGCGAAAUUUGCUAGAGGUGGUUAUACAAGAGGAGGCUUUGGAAAUCCCCCAUUCAAAGGUGUCAACAAAUUUACUAUAAAAAGAUCUUUUGAUGAUGACGAUAAUGAAUUUGAACCUGGAUUUAAAAAGUUUAAAUUCGAUAAAACUUGGCAAGGAUCUAAUAUUCGUCCCAAUCCCAUGUACGAUAAGUCACGCAAUACGGACGAAGAAGAUUUACGCGCUCGGCUUUCUAGUAACAGAUUGGAGCCAGCAGCAAUAGUCAAUGAAAUAUCAGAGCAGAAAAAGCUUCUUGAUGCUGCAAAACAGAAACUUAGCGGGGCUAGUUCAUCUGUAGACAAUGAAACCGUCAAAAAAUUACAAGAGAUGUUAAAUCUUGCCAUUGAAAAGACAAAUAAACUUCAAAAUCAACUGCCUCCUCGUUCGGUUUGGGAUCGCAUUGCUCCGCCUCAGGAAAAUGCGAAAGACGAAGUUAAAGGAAAGUUAGACGAUAAAGCUGCUCCAAUGAGAGGACGCCUUGUUAAAGAAACUGGACCUAAAGAAAUCGUUAUAACUACUGCCAAUAAUAGAGGAUAUAUUAACAGACCUCCUGUUCCGGUUGGAAAAAGUAAGAAAUAUGGCAACGUACCACCAGUAGAACCAAUUUUACUAGAACCAGUAGCUGCGAGUAAUAAGUUCAAAAGUGUUGGUAGCAAACCAAGUUCAGUUCCUUACCAUAAACCUGGCCCCAAUCGUUUUCAAGAUAGCAAUUAUCGAAAACCAUCGGAAACAUGGGAUAAAGGAAAACCUGAAGGACCACUUUACAAAGAAGUACCGGGUAGAUAUAUUAAAUCUAGUCCACCACGACGCCCAUUAUCACCGCUGCGUCAACCUAUUCGUUCAGCUCUACGUCAAGUAUCGCCACCUCGACGACCUAUUUCGCCGCUCAUGAGACGACAGCCGAUGUUGUCUCCUCCUAGGCGUCCAGCUUCGCCUCCACGACGUGCAGCUUCACCUCCGCGCAGACCUUUGUCCCCUCCACGAAGACCAGUAUCACCGGCUUUUCGCCAUCAUUCCACAUCUUCUAGAAAUGUGCCAAGUGGUAAUCGUCAGAGUUCUUCACCACGAAGGCUCACACCUCCAAGGAGACCUUUCUCACCUGCAAAUAGAAUCUCACCGCCAAGACAAAAAUCACCUCUUAGACGCUAUGCGGAUGAAUGGGAUAUUCCUACUAGAGGUGCUGUCAAUGAGAGCGGAUGGAGACCCGAGAAAGAAAAGGCAACGUGGGAUGCAGCACCUGUAUCUAAUUGGGAUCAAACUAGUAGUAACGGCAACAGAUACCGAACGGAAAGCAGCAAUUGGGACAAUGCUUCACCCAGUGGUCCGUGGAAAGGAUCGUUGAAUAGUGGACCAUCUAAUUGGGAUGUGAAGAAAGACCCUCCUCGCGAUAUGCCUCGACAUGAACCUCGUCACGGACCAUCACAGAUCGAGCCAAGAUUCGAGCCUCGACAUGAAAUGAGACAUGAGCAACCACGCAGACCAAUGUCACCUCCACGUCAUGAGCCAAGACAUGAUCUUCGUCACGAACCACCGCGACGUUUGUUAUCACCACCUCCACGUCAAGAACCACCACGACGUGCACUAUCACCACCACGUCACGAACCCAGACAUGAGCCACCGCGACGACCGUUAUCUCCUCCACGUCAUGAGAUGCCUAGACAUGAACCACGAUCAGAACCAAGACACGAGCCCAGAUGGGAGGCUCCAGAGAAGAAUGAUUAUGACUUGCCAGAAGAUGCACGAGAUCCGUGGGAUGAUGAUCAUCCAAGUACCCCAAAAUGGGCACCGUCCGGUCAACCAAAUCAAUCAAAUACGUGGGGCAGAGAUAAGCCAGUUGAGACAAAUUGGCAACAAAAUCCAACGUUUCCUAUGAAGAAUUUGAGUGGUAAUGGGGCGAGCUUGACUUCCAAUAUGCCAAAUCAAAAUCAGAAUAUAGGCAUGGGAAUGAACAUGGGUAUGAAUAAUCAAAAACCACCUACAUGGCAACCAACUACUCAGCAAACUCAAAACAGAAAUACCAACUGGAUACCCCAAAACAAUUGGCAAGCAAGUAAUAAUUCUUCUGGAGUUAUGCAGCCCAAUCAAUCACUCAAUUUAUUAGGAAAUGUGCUGAACAAUUGGCAACAACCCCAACAGAACUUUUCCAAUUUCAAUGCAAGACCAUUUAAUAAUGCUCCUUUUAUGAACAACCGUCGCUGAAGCAUCGUUGUGACGUAGUAUUAAGAAUAUAUAUAUAUUUUUUUUGUUAAAAUUAUUCUAGCGAUAGAAUGUAAGUGGUUUACAUUUUUCCUUUCUUCGAUUGGUAAUUUUCAUUCGAACAAUUCUUAUAUCGCUAAAAUUAAUUUAGCUUGAAUGACAUUUUUCUUACACUUUUUCAUAUCAUAUCUAUAUAUAUAUAUAUAUAUAUAUAUAUAUAUAUAUAUCUAUAUAUGUAUAGUUCUUAAAAUUACUAUUUUGAUGUAUUUUUAAGUACAGACCGGCAUAAAUACAUAUUAUGUUGUGCAUUGUUAUCAAUAAGUGAUGU